GCAAAUUAUAUUCGACAUCUGGCUACACUGGUUAAUUUUUAUGUAUUUAGACACGGGACACCUAUCUUGAAAUAAAGGUUGUGGAUACCUAAAGCGUGGUGGUAACUUAAAACUUACAACUUUUCAAUGGAUACCUUAGAGCAAAGGUUUAAAAAAGUAACAUUAGCCUCAACUUCCAAUUGUUUUGAAAAUGAAGCAAUUUCUAAGGGGCUGGAAAACUUACGCCAGAUUCAAUUGAUAUCUUGCAAAAGAGGAGCGCCAACCAUUCCACCGAAACCGCAAAAAAAUCUAAAUAAAUUGCCACAGGUUCCAUCCAGUAGUGAGGUAACUAUUUCACGAGAACCUUCAUAUUCGCAGCCAUUGAUGGGCGUGGAGAAAAAUAUUUGUUCUAUGUCUCCUGGGAACUCUUCAAAUCUGCAACGGGAGAAUUUUGAAAAUCCCAAUAAAAGUCAAACCACUUUGGAUAAUCCAGCAAUACUUGAGCAGCAACUUGAAGCACUAGCUUACCGAAAACUUAAAAUGGAAAAAAAUGGUCUCUUAGGACUUCAAAUACAAUCUUCACAGAAAUCUAAAACCAUUCCAAAGUUGUCGUCAAGUUCAUUAAGAAAUUCCACAAUAUACAGCAACACAAAUUUAGAAAAAUUCAAGAAUGUAAAGAAAAAUGUUGAACCCUAUUCAUGUAAGUCAAUUACCACAGAAUACAACACAAGACAAUUUUACUUAAACAUCAGUACCUCAGGCUACAACAACGAAGAAGAUUUACCACCUCCCCCAAGUCCGGUUAGUGCUGUGAGUUCAUCAUAUAGUGAGCUUCGUCGGGCAAGCAAUACGUUAAUUAAGCCAAAAAAUAGUUUGCAAGACAAGGAUAAUACCACGAAUUUACAAAAGGCUUCUUAUUAUUCCUAUGAUUCUACAUAUGAGCCUAUAAAUCCUCGUAUGUCUACUGAUGCGAUAUCUCAAGAAAGUUUCAGUUUUUAUGUACCUUAUGCUACUAAUACUGUUUUGAAUGUACCAAAUGGGGUUGGUGAGACUGCAUUAUUGUAUACCCAGGGGUCUGGAUUAACUAAUGAUUAUGAAGAAAGCUCUGUUUAUCGACAAAAAUUUGACGGUGCGCCUAAUAUAUUAAGCACCAUUGAUGUAACAAAUGAACUUGAAAAUUAUGGUAUUUGUGUAAAAUGUAAUUCGCGCGUAUUAGGAGAAACUAGUGGUUGCACGGCAAUGAGUCAAAUCUUUCAUGUCACUUGUUUUACAUGUACAGAAUGCCAAAUAAACUUGCAGGGAAAACCGUUUUAUGCUUUGGAUGGCAAACCGUAUUGUGAAUAUGACUAUUUGCAAACGUUAGAAAAGUGUUCAGUUUGCAUGAAACCCAUUCUCGAAAGGAUUUUAAGAGCUACUGGAAAGCCGUACCAUCCACAAUGCUUUACUUGCAUUAUUUGUGGCAAGAGUUUAGAUGGGUUAUUGUUUACUGUUGAUGCUACUAAUCAAAAUUAUUGCAUUACGGAUUUUCACAAAAAAUUCGCACCGCGCUGUUGUGUCUGUAAGCAUCCAAUAAUGCCAGAGUCAGGUCAAGAAGAAACGGUUAGAGUUGUAGCCCUUGAUCGUAGUUUUCAUCUUGGAUGCUAUAAAUGUGAGAUUUAUAAAUUUAUAUAAUAGGAUUGCGGUCUCUUGUUAUCUUCGGAAGCUGAAGGUCGCGGAUGCUAUCCAUUGGAUGAUCACAUCUUAUGUAAAAGUUGCAACGCCCAGAGAGUUCAAGUUUUGACAAAACGCAUGACAUAGAAUCAAUAAAAUCUUUUUUUUUCGUUUUUAUCGCAAUCAUACAAUCACAAACAUA